CUGAGAGCUUUACAGGCGAGAAGAGAUUUCUAUUCUCUGUGUUGCCAGUUCAACAACGAAGGUGCAUGCUCCGGGAUUUUUAGAGGCAGUGGAUAAGACCAUUAUGAGAACUAACUGAUGUCCUGAGUUCAAGUCAGUAGCAGCGUCCAAGAGCUCUCUUGACCAUCAAGAGACAACACCCUGGAGUGAAACUAAUGGAAGAAAAGUCCUGGAAGGAUCACCAUGCAUUGCUCAACCCCCGAGAGGAAAACGAGCUGGAGAUAUUUGGCUACAAAACUCAAGGUUGCCGGAAAACCAUGUGCAUUGCUGGAUAUAUCUUUUCCUGUGGGGCUCUUCUCCUUCUGUUUUACUGGAAGCCAGCAUGGGAUGUGUGGGCAAACUGCAGCCCAUGUAACUUGCAAGAAGCAGAUGUCAUAUUGCUUAGAACAACAGAUGAAUUUCAGAAAUACACCAGAAAGAAGGUGACCUGGAUCGACUUGUCCAAAUUGAAUCUAUCGGUUAGAGAUACAUCAGAUAGUCUCUUCAUUGCUGACAAAGAUUCUGUCAUAAACAGAGCCAUAAUGAAGCCAGAAUUAAAAGUCAGAAGCAUCCAGGUACAGAAAAUCCGGUAUAUUUGGGAUCUCUCUGUGAAGCAGUUCCAGAAAGUGGGAUCGCUAGAUGACAGCAACUCAUGUUACGACAUACAUCACAAGUUUGGAACUGGUCUGACGAGAGAAGAACAGAAUAUCAGGAGGUUAGUGUGCGGGCCCAAUGCCAUUGAAGUUGAAAUUCGUCCUAUUUGGAAGUUACUUUUUAAAGAGAUUUUAAAUCCCUUUUAUGUGUUCCAAACCUUCACUCUGACUCUGUGGUUGAGCCAAGGUUACGUUGAGUAUUCCGUGGCUAUCAUAAUCUUGUCAGUCAUUUCUAUUGGCUUAACCGUGUAUGACCUCAGACAGCAAUCUGUGAAGCUGCAUGACCUUGUUGAGGAACACAACAAAGUCCAGGUUACAGCCUGCACAAAGGACGAAGGUUGCAAAAAGCUGGAGUCUCAUUAUUUGGUCCCAGGAGACAUCCUUGUUUUAGAAAGAAAGCAGCAUUCUUUGCCAUGUGAUGCUAUCCUGAUCGAUGGAGGUUGUAUUGUAGAUGAAGGCAUGCUCACAGGUGAAAGUAUUCCGGUAACUAAAACCCCUUUGCCCCACAUGGAGAAUACCAAGCCCUGGAAAACACACAGUGCAGAAGAUUACCGAAGACACGUCCUCUUCUGUGGAACAGAGGUCAUACAGACCAAGCCCACAGGCAAAGGACCAGUGAGAGCUGUUGUGCUGCAAACUGGGUUCAACACAGCCAAAGGCGAUCUGGUGAGGUCCAUCCUCUACCCCAAGCCCAUGAAUUUCAAACUGUACAGAGAUGCCUUCAAAUUCAUCAUAAUCCUUACAUUAAUUGGCGUGCUUGGACUGAUCUAUACAGUGUGUGUGUAUGUACAGCACAAGAAACCAGUAGCUGAAACAGUGGCAAUGGCACUCCUCCUCUUCACUGUUUCUGUCCCUCCUGCAAUACCAGCUGCUUUGACAACAGGGAUUGUUUAUGCCCAAAAGAGGCUGAAGAAUAAGAAAAUUUUCUGUAUCAGCCCCCAGAGGAUAAAUAUAUGCGGGCAAAUAAACCUGGUUUGCUUUGACAAAACUGGCACCCUAACAGAAGAUGGACUGGACCUCUGGGGGCUGAUCCCUUCAGAAGGAAGCCGUUUCCAGAACGUCUACAGCUUUGCCUCUGGUACUCCUUUGCCUUGGGGACUGCCGUGUGGAGCCAUGGCGAGCUGUCAUUCACUCAUAGUUCUGGAUGAGAAGAUACAGGGAGACCCACUGGACAGGAAAAUGUUUGAGUGCACUUGCUGGGAAAUGGAAGAUUCCAGUACAGCUCAUAGUAAGACUGCAGUACCAGAUACAAGUGUAAUCGUUAAACCAGGACCAAACACUAGAAAUGCUCCAGUGGAUGGGAUAGCAAUCCUACGUCAGUUCCCAUUUUCCUCUGGGCUGCAGAGGAUGUCUGUCAUUACCCAGCAGCUUGGGAAGGACCAGUAUGAUCUGUAUAUGAAGGGAGCACCAGAAAUGGUGACCAGCUUUUGCAGACCAGAAACUGUCCCAAUUGAUUUCAUAAAGGAGCUUAAGGUUUACACGACCCAAGGUUUCAGAGUGAUUGCACUGGCACAUAGAGCACUAAACAUGGGAAAGGAUGUGGAACUGGACAACUUAGAGAGGGAGGAAGUGGAGUCUGACCUGACGUUCCUGGGCCUUCUGAUAAUGGAAAAUCGGCUGAAGGCAGAGACCAAGCCUGUGCUGGAAGAACUCAGCACUGCCCGCAUCAGGAGCGUUAUGAUCACAGGUGACAACCUUCAGACAGCUGUUACUGUGGCCAAAAAUUCUGGUAUGAUUUCCAAGACCAGCAAAGUGAUUCUCAUUGAAGCAAGUGAACCAGAAGGACCCACCCCAGCAUCCAUUACCUGGCAACUAGUGGAAGAUAGCAAACAAAUGGCAGCUGGAAUCACUGACACAUGUGUUAAUAUUGAGGAAAGAACCAUUCCUGAAAGGGAAAGCAACAAUUACCACUUUGCCUUGAAUGGAAAAUCCUAUCAGAUUAUAGUGAAGCAUUUCAAGAGUUUGCUGCCAAAAAUACUAGUGAAUGGGACUGUUUUUGCUAGAAUGUCUCCUGGGCAGAAAUCCAGCCUCAUUGAAGAAUUUCAAAAACUGAAUUACUAUGUGGGUAUGUGUGGAGAUGGAGCCAAUGACUGCGGGGCUUUGAAAAUGGCCCACGCAGGGAUAUCAUUGUCAGAGCAGGAGGCAUCGGUGGCUUCGCCUUUCACUUCCCAAGUUCCCAACAUAGAGUGUGUGCCCGAGCUGAUCAGGGAAGGUCGUGCUGCUUUGGUUGCUUCUUUUGCUGUGUUUAAGUACCUGACCCUGUACGGCCUGACUCAGUUUAUUGGCACUGCUCUGCUUUACUGGCAACUUCAGAUCUUUGGGAACUACCAGUACCUUAUGCAAGAUGUUGUCAUCACCCUUCUGGUUUGCUUAACAAUGAGUUUGACGCAGGCCUACCCAAAGCUGGCCCCUUACCGACCUCCAGGGCAGCUCAUCUCUCCUCCUUUGCUGCUCUCAGUGAUUCUCCAUAUGGGCAUUACUGCAAUCAUGCUGGUCUGUGGCUUCCUUCUGGUGAAGCAGCAGCCUUGGUACUCGGAGAUGGUCAACCACAGAGAGUGUCCUCCAGCAACCCACUCCCUGACCAUUCCAAACAGGAAUGGAACUGCAAAUGCCACGGACAUCCCCAGCAGCGUUCUAAGCUAUGAAGACACCACGCUAUGGCCACUAACGACAAUCAACUGCAUAAUUCUAGCAUUUGUCUUUUCCAAGGGAAAGCCAUUCAGGAAACCCAUCUAUACCAACUACAUAUUUUCAGUCCUGCUGCUCACCCAGCUUGGAAUUUGCCUUUUCCUCCUCUUUGUUGACAUCAGUGCUGUAUACAAGGGAAUGCAGCUUCUCUGCACUCCAACGAUCUGGAGAGUUUACAUCUUAAUCAUGCUGUUUGUCACAUUUUGUGUAUCGUUCUUUGUGGAGGAUGUCGUCCUGCAAAACAGACAUCUCUGGCUGCUGAUUAAGAAAUGCUGUCAAUUCCAGUCUCGCAGCCAGUAUCGGAAGUGGCAGAGGAAGCUGGAGAAGGAUCCAACGUGGCCUCCUUUGAAGAGAAAAGACUUUGCAGAAAACAGCAAGAAUGAAAUCUACAUCAACCCAAUCUAUGAACACGACGAAGAGAACUAAAAGCCAAAGAGGACGACUUUUCCUAGUUUAUAUUGAACUUCAACUAUUUUCACUGUUUCAUAGGUAAGAGAUUCAGAGGGGGGUUGUGUGAACAUCGUUUGAGAGAUGCAAGCAGUGUCUCUUGCAGCUGUACCCUUGACAGGAGUUACUUUAUGGAGAAUUACCAUUAUCUAUGAAGCUUUAUUGACCAUCUGAACUCUUCUUCUGUCCAGUUACAAGUACGCUAAAGAAGAUUAGAGUUUUGCAAACUUCCUGUAAACCAAUGAGCAUCUGAUUCUCCUCUGUUGCUGCCAGGCUAGUCAAUGUACCGUACUAAGACUCUUGUGUUAGCUGCCAAACUACAGUUAAAAAUAAAUAAAGUGAGUCGCUUUUUCCUGUGA